UACUCCGCGGAAGGCCUUAUGGGAGAUGAUGGUCUGAAAAGCAGCAUCACACACGCUCAGUCUCGCGUGCGAACACGUAGGUGCACCACCUGAAUCACCUGUGGCUGCUCCUUACACACACACACCACAACAUGAUUAUCAGGGUGUCUGCUGUGACAGCCCUGCUGUUCUUCGCAGCCGUUUCCUGCGACACUGAAGCCAACAACAGGCAACAAAGGAUUAUUCGCAAGCCGCCGCCGGAUUCCACACGCUUUGGUCCCGGACCGCCGCAGGUCGGGCCGAGCUUCAGACCACCGUCGAAUUUCAGGCAGCCCAAUCCCACUGCCGCCGCCUCUGCCAAAAAGCCCGUCUUCGCUAACCGGCCCAAAGGCCCGGCCAUUGGUCCCAAGGUCGAAUACGGCUUUACGCCGAUCAGCAGCCCGGUCGGCGCCGAGAGCGCCCAAGCCCCUCAGCAGGUCGAAAACAAUAAUAAGAAACCUCUGAUUAUCAACGUCCAGUCUGCGCCUCCUAGCCAGAACGGCCCCGCCUCGUUCUCAUUCCAAAACUCGAACCAGCAGGUGGUCGAGGGCACCUUCAAGGAGAAGCCCUCUUUUGCUCCUCCGAAACAGACCUUUUCUGCCCAACCCCAACAGUCUUCGGAUACCCAACUUGGAUUCGGCGGCGCCUUCAGUUUCAACCAGCCCGUGGGAGCGAAAAUCAAUUUCGAGCCCGAACAGCCAGCAUUUAGCAAAAACCCUUUCCAGCAGUCCUUUGAGGGAUCCGUGAUCACAGCCGGACCACCGAAACCUGCAGCACAAAAUAACUUCCCAGCGCAGCCAGAUCAGCCGCCUAGCUUCCCCAGCUUCAACAAGGAUCCGUCGUCUGGAUUCCCCAGUUUUAACAAAGAACCCUCGAACGGAUUCUCCAACUCCCGCCCCAGGGAACAAGCUUCGUUCUCUAAGCAGCCUCCUCCGCAGGGAUCUUUCGUAAAAGCUCCCCCUAAACCUGGAAAAGAGCAUUUCGCCAACUUCCCUCCUCAGCAUCAAAAGCCCUCAAACGAAAGGUUUGUCGGCGAAGGCGGUCCUUUCAGGGCGCCUUCGUUCGAGUCUAAGAAGGUGAUCCACGCUCCUCCUCCACCAAUCUUCCGUGGACCUCCCCCUCCUGCCCCCAGCAAAAAUAAGUUGGUGCACCAGAAGCCUAAUCCCAGCUUCGAGAUUCAAAAGGCGUCAGUAAUCGGUCCUUUCAGUGGACCCCCUGUCAGGACUUUGAAGCCCGUCUCAAAACCCCCUCCACCGCCUCAAAAGCAAGGACCAUCCCAGCCUCCGAAAGUAGCUCCCACGAACACCCAGGAAAAUCCAGAGUUCAGUAAUUUCCCUCCUCCCGGGUUUGGCUCUGGACAGCCGAUCCACCAGGAAGUGAAAACUCAGGUCGCGCCUGUGCAGCAUUUGCCCGCUGAGUCGCCCAACUUCGCUCAGGAAUCGAACCCUCAGAUAUUCAAUCAGAAUUAUCAAACGGUUCAGGUUCAACAGGCCAGACCCCAACCACCUCAAGUGCCGCAAAUUCCGUCGCACAUCCAACUGCAACUUCCUGCCAAUAAUGGACCAGCUGGGCAAGGCCAGCAGCAUCACUUCCAGUUCCAAAACACACAGCCCCAGUUCCAAAAUACUCAGCCUCAGUUCCAAAACACACAGCCACAGUUCCAGAAUACUCACAAUCAGCCGCAGUUCCAGCUGCCUGCAAACUUCCACAAUGCUCAGCCCCAACUUCAGCUGCCCGCCGGUUUCCAGAACAAUCAGCCUCAGCUGCAACUACCAGCUGGUUUCCAAAACGUUCAGCUUCCUGCUAGCUUCGGCGCUCAACAGGACAAUAAAUUCGCCAACCCCUUCUUGAACGCCUUCCCGUCUUCUCACGGCGGUGCGGGCAUUCCUCAGUUCAGCUCCCUCCCUCAAAGGUUGAACCCCGCCACUCUUGGAGGAUUUUCCGCGCCCGGAGUCGCGUCUCAACUCGGUCUGCCGUCGGCCUACUCGCAAUUCAACCCCGGCCUGGCUCAGCUCUACAAGGGCAUUCUCCCUGUCCAGCAGUUCCCAGCAGGCACAGCUGCAGGCUCUAACUACCCCUUCCCCUCCGCUGGAGUCAACCCCUUCCUUAAUCCUCUGAGAUCGUCGGUGCCCACCGCUUUGUCGACCCAUUCAUCCGGCGGCGUUCCGCAGUUCCAACCCUUGCCAAACAGUCUCAAUUUCCCAGACCAAGAUGAAGAUGAACAAGACCUUGCCGCCAGCCACAAGCACAAAAAGGUGGUCGCAGCUCCUUUGGACAGCGGAAAUAAUACGAAAUCGAAGAAAACCACGUUGAAGGACAUCCUUGCUGAGGACUGUAAAGGAGCUGAAGAUUUCGGUUACUGUGCAUCUCCUCCUCGUUACCCCACCCAGCAGAUCAAAACCGUGCUGAAGCAGUGCGCUGAAGAGCUGGCCGGAAUUCUCGAGCAGGCUGAGGAGCAUCACGUGGCAAAGAGAGAAACGACGGCCCCUGAGCAGUUCACGUGGACCACGGAGGCUUGCAGCUCGACCAUGGCCACCGUCGAGCCAGGCUACGCUCGUGACUCCAAGGGUAAAUGGCUGGUGGUGGUGCAGCAAGCGUCCAAGGGGGUGCACCAGAGGGUCGACGUGGACGUGUGCGGCAGCGAGGGCGGCGACUGCGGCUGCAAGCAAUACUUCGAGACCAAGAACUUGGUCGCCUGGGACCCUGACCACCCCAACGAUUGUCCAACGGUGCGCACCUUCAAAUUCCCCAGCAAGUGCGAUUGCCCUCCUCAACAGUGAUUUAGAUUUUUCGCUCUUGAUCGACAAACAAAUAAUGAAACAAUAAAACACCUAGACUGCCGAAAUUUUAUAAAAAGAUAUUAUAUCUAAAUGCUACAUAAGGAUGCUUGAGAGAGUGUGUGAUUAACUAGAGCAUAUGAAAUAUUGUGCCCAAAUUUUAAUUUAUUUAUUAUCGUAUUGUAUUUUUGCAAUAAAAUAUUGAAACCUUAUAA